CAUUCAAGUAAGUGAAUUGAAAGUGAAGUGACAAAAGUGAAACAAAAAUGAAUUUAAAAGUAAUUUUGACAAUUUUCAUCUUAAUGAUGAAUCAUAAUGUGAUUUUUGGACAGCUAAGUUGUGCAUAUAAUAUGCAUUUUAAUACCUAUGCAUGCAAUCUAACAAUUCACAAUCCAGACGGACUUAACAACUUUGACAACAUUGAAGGAGAGCAUUUACCAGGCUAUACUGAUAACGAUGUAACUUAUAUGCUUAGUGUUUUUGGUUCAAAUACAUUAAACAUUCCAUCAAUAAUAUGCGAAAAAUUUAGAAGAUUGAGAUCAAUUGAUUUUCAUAGAAUUAAUAUUCAAAGACUUGAUGAUUACUCCUUUAAAGAUUGUCCUGAUCUUUCUAUUUUGUAUCUUCUUCAUAAUAACAUCAGUAUAAUAAAUGAAGCCGUAUUCAGCAGUAAUUCCUGGCUACGAGUCUUGUUUUUAUCCGGAAAUACACUAACAACAUUACCAGAGAAUAUCUUCCAACACACUACAAUUGAGUAUUUGUACCUGACAAAGAAUAUGAUUGUCGAUUUGCCAAUUAACAUCUUUAGACCACUGACAAAUUUGACUAACUUGCUACUAGCCGACAACCAAAUUGAAAACUUAAGAAUCGAAUGGUUUGAAAAUAAUAAAGAUUUGCAAUAUUUAUACUUUGAUAAUAAUAAGAUUCAGCAUCUUCCAGAAAAUAUGUUCAGCCCGAUAGUUAAAUUGUAUCAACUUACUUUAGGAUUCAAUUAUCUUAAAACUAUUCAAUUUAAUUCUUUUGGAUCUUUACAAAACUUGUGGAUCAUUGAUCUUAACAAUAAUCAAAUUGAUGCAAUUGAUGAAAGUAUUCUUGAUAAUACAACAGUGAAGCAACUUAAUAUGAUAGGAAAUUUGUGUGCAGACAAGAAUAUAUUUGACAAUUCAAUUUCAAGUGAUGUUCUGAGAACAGAAUUAAGAACAUGUUUUGAUAAUUUUAAUAAUAUGGCAUCUGGCAAUUAAAUAAAUUAAUGCUUGUAAAUGUUAACUGUUUCAAAAAUCUUAAUUCUGAAUAAAAAUUAAUUUCUUUAAAUUUGCUUAAAAA